UCCGUUCCGUUGGUAGUUUCAUCCCGUUACUGGGAAUCCAUUAAUCACUAUUUAAGACCAAGGCGCCAACCACACCGUGACAAGACCAUACCAACUCAACUCUUGCCAUUGCCCAUCUAUCUACAUUCAGUUUCAUACUCCUCCGUAGUUAAAUCAUCUCUCUCCAUCAUGUCUCUCGUCCUUGAGCUCCCCGCUGAAUACGGCUUCGUCCUCGUUGCCGCCACCUCCACCUUCUUCAUCAACACUCUCCACGUUCUCCUCACUAGCAAGGCUCGCAAGCGAAGCGGUAUCAAGUAUCCCGUCGCCUACGCUUCCAACGAGCUCGCUGAGAAGGACGCUGAGGCCUUCAAGUUCAACUGCGCCCAGCGCUCGCACGCCAACUUCACCGAGAACCAGAUCUCUUUCCUUGGUGCUCUUCUGAUCUCUGGCCUUCGUUUCCCCGUUGCCUCUGCCGUCCUUGGUGCUGGCUGGGCCUUCUCUCGUGUAUUCUACGCCAUUGGCUACUCUGCUGGUGGCCCCAAGGGACGCAUGGGUGGCUCAAUCGGCUCUUUCCUCUGCGAUACGUCGCUCAAGUGCAUGGCCGCCUAUACCUCCAUCAUGUUUGCCAUGGGCAACUAAAUCGGACUGACGGACAAGUUUUGGAGAAGGAAAAAAGAAAAAAAAAAGUAAUAUAUGCAUGA